CUUUUCAAGAACUACAUUAAGGCUUGAGCCACUGUGACAUUAUGCACAGUUCACAUUGUGCUGGAAUACAGACAAAUAAAAACUAUGCUUAAAUAUUGAUACAAUGAAAAUGUAUUGCCCAUUGAAGAAAAUACGUCGUUGUAUGUCGUUUAUUUUCCGUAUCUUUCCUUGUUCAUCCUGCAGAGGGCAAAAGAGGACGCCGAGAUGCGUUUCGACAAGUUUGAACGGUUAUGAAUGAUGUCAAAUGUGCCAUGACGUCACCCGGGUGACGUAACAGCGUUGCAGAUUUUUGGGUGACUGCACGCGAGCAUUGUGAGCACAUCGGUUGCGUUUCUGGAAACAGCGCCGCGUUGGGGGGGUGCUUGAGGCUGAGGAGGGCGGCGCCCCUUCCGCCUGCAGGUAUAGGUGCGCGCGCCCGCGGCACAGAGGAACCACUGUUGUUGCGAGCGCGUUCACAGGUGGCCAGCCAGUCGGAGUCGAGCAGCAGCAGCGGCAGCAGCAGCAGCGGCAGCAGCAGCGGCGCCGAUCGAGCGGGUCGACCGAGGGCGAAGUGAGGAAGUGGUCUGCUUCUCCUUCUUCUUCUUCUUCUUCUUCUUCUUUUCCUGCUCGGCGAUGUUCAGUUGGGUGAAGCACGAGCAAGGCGGCCGCAACAAGGAGGGCGAGAUGUACCAAACGGUGACCGAAGGUCUGCAGAGCCUCUACAGCAGGAAGCUGCUCCCGCUCGAGGAGGCUUACCUCUUCCACGACUUCCACUCGCCCGCCCUGGAGCCGGCCGACUUCCAGAGCAAGCCCAUGGUGCUGCUGGUGGGACAGUACUCCACCGGGAAGACCACCUUCAUCAGGUAUCUUCUGGAGCAGGACUUCCCGGGUAUGCGGAUCGGACCCGAGCCCACCACGGACGGCUUCAUCGCGGUGAUGUACGGCGAGAGCGAGGGCGUCGUCCCCGGCAACGCCCUGGUGGUGGACCCCAAGAAACCCUUCAGGAAGCUCAACGCCUUCGGAAACUCCUUCCUCAACAGGUUCAUCUGCUCUCAGAUGCCCAAUCAGGUCCUGCAGAGCAUCAGCAUCAUCGACACGCCGGGAAUUCUCUCCGGAGAGAAGCAGCGCAUCAGCCGAGGUUACGACUUUGCCGAGGUUCUGCGUUGGUUUGGCGAGCGAGUGGACAGAAUCAUCCUGCUGUUCGACGCCCACAAAUUGGACAUCUCGGACGAGUUCUCCGAGGCCAUCCGAGCCCUCAAAGGGCAAGAUGACAAGAUCAGGGUGGUCCUGAACAAGGCGGACCAGGUUGACACGCAGCAGCUGAUGCGCGUCUACGGCGCCCUCAUGUGGUCGCUGGGCAAAGUGAUCAACACUCCGGAGGUGGUGCGGGUUUAUCUGGGUUCCUUCUGGGCCAAACCUCUGCAGAACACAGAGAACAGACGUCUCUUUGAAGCAGAGUCUCAGGACCUCUUCCGGGACAUCCAGAGUCUUCCGAGGAACGCGGCGCUCCGGAAGCUCAAUGACCUCAUCAAGCGGGCCAGGCUGGCAAAGGUGCACGCCUACAUAAUCAGUUACCUGAAGAAGGAGAUGCCGUCGCUGUUUGGGCGCGAGAAGAAGAAGGAGGAGCUCAUCGCGAGGCUGCCGGAGAUCUACGCCAUCCUGCAGAGGGAGCACCACAUCAGUCCCGGAGACUUCCCCAACGUCACCAAGAUGCAGGACAUGCUGCAGCACUACGACUUCAGCAAGUUCCCCUCGCUGAAGAUGAAGCUGAUCGAGUCGGUGGACAAGAUGCUGGCGUCCAAGAUCGCCGGGCUGAUGGCCAUGAUCCGCGAGGAGGAGUCCAAGGCGCCGCCCGCCAUGGUGUCGGGCGGCGCCUUCGAGGGCGCCCAGGACGGGCCCUUCGGCCGCGGCUACGGCGAGGGCAUCAGCGCCGGCGCCGACGCCGAGGACUGGAUCGUGAGCCGGGACAAGCACCGCUACGACGAGAUCUUCUACACGCUCAUGCCCGUCAACGGCAAGAUCAGCGGCGUCAACGCCAAGAAGGAGAUGAUGAACUCGCGGCUGCCCAACACGGUGCUGGGCAAGAUCUGGAAGCUGGCCGACUGCGACCAGGACGGCAGCCUGGACGACGAGGAGUUCGCGCUGGCUCAGCACCUCAUCAAGGUCAAACUGGAGGGUUACGAGCUGCCCGCCGACCUGCCCCCGCACCUGGUGCCCCCCGCCCACCGCAAGCACCCCGACGCCGAGGCCGCCUAUAACCACGAGCGAGACUAGACGCUCGCUUCUAUCGCCGACCGACGCUCACAAACGUAUCGCGCGUGUUACGCUAAUCACAAAAAUUUGCCAAUUUCUGCCUUUUGGCUGACGUUUUGCCACGGACCUCAAAGCAGUCGCCAUUUCGCCCCUUUCGGCACCUAUCCUCUGCUAUUGGAUGAAAAUCUCACUUAGUCCCCGGGCCAAAGUGAAAAAUUAUUUUGCUGGCAUCUUGGUGCCAGGAGUGUCAUUUAGGUAAGCCUUAGCUUUGCCGCCCUCUUGUGGCAGUUAACUCCUUCGCUCCCAUUUUUAAAGCAGGGGCCGAGAGCGUUUCGACUGAUCUCGCAAGACCCAAAACGAAAACGGCUUUUUCCAUCCUUUCGUAAUGAGCCGCACAACAUGAGUUGCUGUCACCAAAGGGGCGGAAAUGUUGUCACGUUUCAAAACCAUAAGACAACAAAACAAGUUUGACGACGGCUUUUUUCUGGCAACUUAAGAACUUAUUGACAGAUGUCAAAAUCAGAAACGCGCGUGAGCUGAGCUUUUUUUGGGCGCCAAUCGCCCUUCACUCCAACACACGCCGUCCGUCCACCAUCUGAGCCGCUUACGCUCACGAGGGCCACGGUGCCUAUCCCGGCCGUCUUCGGGCAGCUCACCUCCACCUUGAAUCGGUCGAAAAAUCGAGGGGACAAAAAGCGGCCGUUUGCUGCCUAUUCUUCGUCUUCCGCUUAAAAGAUGCGCUGAUCUGAAAUAUAAAGCGAGGCGCUGCUGCCAUCUACUGGCCAUUUACUGACUUUUGCUGUUAGCUCCUUGUCAAUCAAGAGCGAGUUUGUGCGAAAAGUAGAGAAACAUUCAAAAGUUGACUCAAGCUGAAAUGAAGUUGACCUGUAAAAGUUGAAAGGGCCUCACUUGGAAACGUUCAAGAAGGUUCCGGCAUAAAUUCCACCCCGAAGCUCCAAAUGAGUCACCCUAAACGUUGGCCCGGUAACUUCCUGUUGACGUCACUGUGGAUUUUACGAGUCCGUUGGAUUUUAGUGCCUUCUUCUUCUUCUUCUUCUUCUUCUUCUUCUCCUUGAUUUUUCCUCUUCCCAUGAAGAGACCGCCGCCCCUUGGGGUUCUUUGAGGAAGUGCAUUCGUCACGUACGUGCCUACUUCCUGCCUCUUGCCGUGCUUUCAGAGUAAAAGAUUUGAUGGCGUGAAAUAAAAAG